AUGGCGCCCACAGAGGACAGGCGCCGCACACUCCAGGCGGCCCUGGACGUGUGCCGCGCGGUCCGAGCCGCCGUCGACGCCGUGCCCCUCCCCGCGCGCGUCGCGCGCGUCCCCUCGCUGCUCAAGCCGCCGCUGGAGGCCUCCGCGGCGCCAGACGCGGCCGGCGAGCGCGCGGCGAUCGGCGUGCUGGCGCGGCUUGCGCGCGAGGGCGGCGCGGAGCUGCGGCUGGUGGUGGACCCGGCGACGCGCCGCUGCCUCCGCCUGCUGCCCCAACAACAGCACGACAGACGCGGGCCCUCUGCUGGCAGCGACGCUGAUUUGGGCCCUGCAGAUGCGGCAGUGCCAGAGCUCAUCACUGAAGAGGCUGAGGAGGUGACCCCCGCCGGCGCCAGCGCAGUCAACAGUGACGCUGGUCCGGUCGGCGGCGCGUCCGCCGCUGGCGGAGGGGCGCCGCGGCGCUACGUGUAUCUGGACGCCGUCGACGGCACCCUGCUGCUGUCAGGGCUGGCCAACGACGCGUCGGCCUCGCCACCCAUACUGCGCCUCGCGGGCGCGGGCGCGUGGGCCGUCGGCGUCGCGCUCACGGAUGCCACGACCAAGCCGCUGUCGCAGCUGCAGCUCUCGGAUUUUACAGUGGCCGUGAUCGCCGACGGCGCGCCGCCCGGCUGCACGAGGGGCGGCAGCGCGGCGCUGCACCCAUCGGCGGCGGCCGCCGUGUGGGAGGAGGAUGGGCAGCCAGCGGGCAGCACCGGCGCGCAAGGUGGCAGAUACGUUGCGUACGACUGCUCGACUGCCACUCCGGCGAUGACAUCAGCAACGGCGGCGCCAGGAGGGCCACCAAGAACGGCGGACAGCGGCGCCACACCCGCAGCAGCUGCGGGGCCGUGGCUGUACCCACGUUUGCACACCACCAGCUGCACACGCCUUGGGGCCACGUUUGCCUACCUCGACGCGUUCCAGUCCCACGACAAGACCAGCGCGCAGCCGACCGACCCCGCGCUCGCGCGGCAGCUGUUUGCUCUCUUGGGGGACCGUCACAAUGGCGGCGCGUUCGACGUGACCAGGGCUUACGGCAACCUCGGGGCUCUGCUGCGCAGCUUUUUCGGGUGGCGCGGCUACCAAGCAGGGGCAGCCAGCAGCUGCACGAGCGGCGGCGGCGGCGGCGGCGGCAGCGGGGAUGCGGAGGUGUGGCUGGAGCCGCAGUGCGGCGCAUUCGUGGUGGUCAACGAGAACCUGGCCAACCUGAUCCCCGCGGUGCCGCUGGUGCUGGGCGCCGGCGGGGCCGCGACCGACCUGCUCGGCGCGCCGCUGGCGGGGCGGCGCCUGGCAGAGGGCCGGACGAGCGUUGUGUACGCGGGCAACGCAGAGCUGCACGACGCGCUGCUGCGGCUGGCGCGGCGGGCGCAUGAGGAGGCGGACGCUCGGGCGGCGGCGUAA